CGGAGGAAAACCGGAAAUAUACCACAAAUUUAGAAACUUAAAAUAUUACAAAAUAAUCGAAAUUUGCUCUUUUUAUUCCAAUAAUUGAUACAAAACGAUGUCUGAUUCAGACGAUAGUGAUUUUUCUGCACCGGGCAGUGAUGCAGGUGGUGAUGAUGAUAAAAGCAGUGAUGUAGAAAAGGGAAGUGAUGGUGGACAUAGUGAUGCAGGUGAUGUUAGUGGAGGAGAAGCUAUUGAUGAAGAGGAUGAUUAUGAAGAAGAUGAGGAAGAGGAAGAAAGAGUUCGAAAGAAGAAGAAAUCACACGUUAGUAGAUUUAUCUUGGAAGAAGCUGAUGUUGAUGAUGAAGGUGAAGAGGAUGAUGAAGAAUGGGAAGAAGGAGCUGAGGAUUUGAUCGAAAGAAAGUCAACGUACGAUGGUCCAAGUGCUAGAGAAAUCGAAAGUCAUCAAAGAAUGAAACAAAUUUGGGACAGUCAAAGAGAAGAUGAGAUUGAACAAUAUUAUAAACAGAAAUAUGGUGAAGGAUCAGCCGUCGAAAGAUUUGGUGAUGGAGAAGAGAUGUCCGAUGAAAUUACUCAACAAGGUCUUUUACCUGGUGUUAAAGAUCCAAACUUAUGGAUUGUUAAAUGUAGAAUGGGUGAGGAAAAGGCCACAGUAUUGCUCCUGAUGAGAAAGUUCAUCACCUAUCAGUUUACAGAUGAACCUCUACAAAUAAAAUCUAUUGUGGCUAAAGAGGGUUUGAAAGGGUAUAUUUAUAUAGAGGCAUACAAACAGACCCAUGUGAAACAGGCUAUAGAAGGUGUUGGAAGUUUAAGAAUGGGUCUGUGGCAACAGCAGAUGGUGCCAAUCAAAGAAAUGACUGAUGUCAUGAAAGUAGUUAAGCAGACAACACAACUGAAGACUAGAUCAUGGGUUCGUUUGAAGAGAGGUGUCUUUAAAGAUGAUCUUGCUCAAGUUGAUUACAUGGAACCAUCUCAAAACAUUGUUCAUCUUAAAAUGAUACCUAGAAUCGACUACAGUAAACCUAGAGGUGCCCUCAAAAAUCACAGUAAUCCUGAGAAACGUAAGAAAGGCAGAAGACCUGCUCAAAAACUGUUUGAUGUGGAUGCUAUUAAGUCAAUUGGUGGUGAAGUAACAACAGAUGGUGAUUUUCUCAUCUUUGAAGGAAAUCGUUUCAAUCGUAAAGGUUUCCUGUUUAAGAGUAUGGCUAUGUCAGCCAUAAUGGCUGAUGGUGUGAAACCAACUUUGAUUGAAUUGGAGAAAUUUGAAGAUCAACCUGAUGGCUUAGAUGUUGAGUUAGCUCCACAAAAAACAACAUCAGAAAUAACACAUAAUUUAGCUGAUGGAGAUGUAGUUGAAGUAUGUGAUGGUGAAUUGAUACAUCUUCAGGGUAGAGUGAUCAGUGUUGAUGGGAAUAAAAUUACAAUCAUGCCAAAACAUGAAGAUUUGAAGGAUCCAUUAGAGUUUCCAGCAACUGAGUUGAAGAAAUUUUUUAAGAUGGGUGAUCAUGUGAAAGUUAUUGGUGGACGUUAUGAAGGUGAUACUGGUCUGAUUGUAAGAGUAGAAGAUAAUGUUGUGGUUCUCUUUUCUGAUUUAACCAUGCAUGAAUUGAAAGUUCUACCAAAAGAUCUUCAACUUUGUAUGGAUAUGGCAACUGGUGUUGACUCCAUGGGCCAGUAUCAGUUUGGUGAUUUAGUUCAACUAGAUCCUCAAACUGUAGGGUGCAUUGUCAGACUUGAAAAAGAAAACUUCCAAGUCCUCAGUAUGCACAAUAAAGUUGUCAGUGUCAAACCUCAAGCUGUAAAUAGAAAGAAAGAUACCAAACGAGCUGUAGCCCUUGAUUCUGAAAACAACAACAUCCAAGUAAAAGACAUUGUUAAAGUUAUUGAUGGCCCACAUUCAGGAAGGCAGGGAGAAAUUAAGCAUCUCUACAGAAACUUUGCUUUCCUUAACUCAAGAAUGAUGACAGAAAAUGGUGGGUACUUUGUUUGUAAAACUCGACAUUUAGUGCUAGCUGGAGGAUCCAGACAGAGUAACACUAGUAUAAAUGUUGGGUUUAUGUCACCAAGAAUCUCUAGUCCAGCUCAUCCUAGUGGUGGAGCUGGUGCAGGCAGGGGUAGAGGUGAUGGUGGAAUUAGUAGGAGAGACAGACAAUUUAUUGGCAAGACUGUCAGAAUAAAGCAGGGGCCAUUCAAGGGUUAUAUUGGUAUUGUUAAAGAUUCCACUGAGACUACUGCCCGUGUUGAGCUUCAUUCCAGCUGUAAAACUAUAUCUGUGGAUAAAUCAAGAUUGGCCGAUGUUGCUGGUGGAAAAUCAGGUGGUGCUACAUCUACAUAUGGCAGAACUCCGAUGUAUGGUGGACAAACUCCCAUGUAUGGAUCAAGAACACCUAUGUAUGGUUCACAGACACCAUUACAGGAUGGCAGUAGAACACCUCAUUAUGGAAGCCAGACACCAAUUCAUGAUGGAAGUAGAACUCCAAGUGGCGGACAGAGUGCUUGGGAUCCAUCUAAUGCCAACACUCCCUCUAGAGCUAAUGACUUUGAUUAUCAAUUUGAAGAUUCUCCAUCACCUGCUGGUUAUGGAUCAUCAGCUAAUCCAGGCACUCCAGGUUAUCAAGCUGACAGUCCACUAGCUGGUCCUUACACUCCACAAACACCUGGUAGUGCUUACUCCCCCUAUGUUGCUUCACCAUCUCCAUCCAGUUAUCAGGCACCUAGUCCUGGUUACUCCAGUACUCCUAGUCCUGCUGGCUAUCAACCUUCUCCUGCUGGCUAUGGUACUAGUACCCCAUCACCUGUUGGCUACAGUCCUUUAACACCUGGAGCACCAUUCACACCUGCUACACCUGGAACUGCCAUGGAUCAUGGUAUGGCUGAUUGGCAUACAACAGAUAUUGAAAUUAAGAUCAAGGAAACCCACGAUGAUCCUAACUUGAUUUAUCAAACUGGUGUGAUACGAGGUGUGUCUGGUGGGAACUGUUCUGUAUUUAUUCCUGAUGAAGAUAAGGUGGUGAAUGUUGCAUGUGAACAUCUGGAACCGAUUCGACCAGAGAAACAUGACAAAACCAAAGUUAUUCUGGGAGAUGAGCGUGAAACUACAGGAACAUUACUGAGUAUAGAUGGUGUAGAAGGUGUCAUUAAAACACAAGAUGGUCAAAUCAAAAUGUUGCCCAUUAUAUACCUUUGUAAAAUGUCACAAACUUAAAAUUAUGAUCUGUUAAAAUUAACUAUUCAGCAAAUCCUGGUUAUUUUUGCUACUGUUUUUGACUUUGGUGUUAAACAUUGAAAUUUGAUACUUCAGCACAGUUUAAUGCUUAGAUAUAUAAUUUGAUUACGCCUAAGAAUCCUUUCUAAUUUGUUGAGUACAUUAUUUAAUAUUGAUAUAAAACACAAUAUGUUUCAGGACUUAGGUGAUCCUUGAAUAUUAUUUUGUAUGUAAAUGUUUGAUUUAUAUAUAAAAUCAUAAAGAACU